AUGGCGGAGGGGGAGGACGCGGGCUGGUGGCGGAGCUGGCUGCAGCAGAGCUACCAAGCCGUCAAGGAGAAGGCUCGCCUCUACAGCCUCCAGUCAGACCCAGCCACCUACUGCAACGAACCUGAUGGCCCUGCUGAGCUCCUUGAGGCCUGGCUCUCUCAGUUUAACCUAGAGGAGAAGAAAGGGGAGAUCGCGGAGCUGCUGGCAACCAGCCCUUCCAUCCGGGCUCUCUACACCAAAAUGGUCCCUGUGGCUGUUUCCCAUUCUGAAUUCUGGCAGCGCUACUUCUAUAAAGUGCAUCGCCUGGAGCAGGAUGAAGCCCGGAGGGAGGCUCUGAAGCAGCGAGCGGAGCAGAGCAUUCACCAAGAGGAGCCAGGCUGGGAAGAGGAUGAAGAGGAGUUCUUGGGGAUGUCACCCCUGCCUUGUGCAAACGUGAAAUUUCCAGAAGCAGCAGAGAAAGAAUCUGCCCCUGCAGCCCUGGAGGGAAGCCACCUCACUGCUCACAAGGGACCCUCAGAGGAAAGCUGGGCCGUCCUCCCUCCGGAGCCGGCCCCAGCAGAGGGGAGCCCCUCUGAGAGCAGUGAGAGCAUCUCCCUUGUGACUCAGAUUGCAAACCCUGCCUCUGUGCCUGCUGCGCAGCUACAGACUGGAGCACAACCAGCUGGGACCGGAGACCUCUCCCAGAGGCUGCUGGAGGCCACCUCGGAAGAGCAGAGCUCCCUGCCAAAGCCCCCAGAACCUGGUCAUCCUUCUGCACCUGCCCGGGAGUCAGCAGCAUCCUCAGAGCAAGCGGCUGGCAGGACAGAGACUCUGAAAGAGGAAGGACCGACAGAUCUACGAGUCUUUGAGCUGAACUCGGAUAGUGGGAAAUCCACUCCCUCCAACAACGGCAAGAAAGGCUCCAGCACUGAUAUCAGUGAGGACUGGGAAAAGGACUUUGAUUUGGACAUGACUGAAGAGGAGGUGCAGCUGGCGCUCUCGAAGGUGGAAGUGUCUGGGGAGCUGGAAGAUGAAGAAUGGGAAGACUGGGAAUAAAGCGACUGCUUCCAGUGUGUGUCACAGGCUCAUUUCCACCAUCGAAUGUGAAUUAAAUCAGGGACCGGCUGUU